CUGUCGGUCAUGCUUCGAUACUUGUUUCUUUUGGUCGAGAGUGACCCAAACGUCAAUUACGGAGUGUCAACCAGCGGUGCCUGACCCCAUAAUCAACUGUUUCAGGCUCCGCUUCGAUCACCACAUAUCACCUUGACAUUCCGCCGUGCCUCGCGCUUCGUAUGACUUCCGGAAGCUUGCCCGCCCGCCCGCUUAGUUGGAAGCAGUCUUGAGUAUAACUCGACUGUAUCCAAAUGACAAUAUGGGGGUCGAUCCUCUUUCCCCCAUUGCACCCGUGCGCUUGAGAGCUCUCUUGCUGCCCAUUGGCAAGAUCAGGCGUUCCAGGUUCUUGAGCUUUGCUGCAAGACUUCAAGCCGAGAAUGUUGUCCGCUUGGGGGACAUUAGUCCUGAUGCGCGUCCAAAUCGAAACAUGUUCUCCCCGCUGGCGUUUCCUACCGGCAUGAUUCUAUAUGAUCUCACCUAUUCCGUGCCGCCGACAUCCCACUUGGAACUGUUUCCUUUCGAGAUAUUCCGUGAGCCUUUGGUCAUUAUCGCGAUUGCCGAUGGAUCGGAAUUGGGUGAAACUACGAAGAAAGGAGAUACUACCUCAGCGGCUGAGCAGGUCCCGACUCCUGGCGAGCUGGGACAGCUCCGGCAGGAAUUGGAAACACUCAAGCAGACGAAUCCGAGGGCCUUGGUCCACCAGCUCCUGGUGUUCGAUUAUGAUGGGGUGGAUAAAUUGUUCAGUGGCCCGGAUAAUGUUUCAUGGGUGCCGCGGCCUCAAGCAUCCAAGGCCACUACAAUGAAGACGGUAUUGUGCGACAUAACAUCCUUGCUUCUAUCCGAGCUGGAUGACUUCGCAAAGACCCUCCAGAGUAUACCCACUAUCCAUUCCCCAAGAGCAUCCUCUUGGGGGCCACAUCGAGGGCCUGACUUGCGUCCACGGCCAACAGAUCGCUUGUUCCACCGGAUGACGAUGCCUGCACAACUACCAUCCAAUCCCAACGGUGCACCAGAGUCUCCUGGGAGCUCCAAUCAGGGCUCGCCUGCGCCUGGCGAGCAUGAGACGCCUACUACGUUCGACGAGAUAACUAGGUCGAUUCAACUAGCUAACCGGUCCAAUUCAAUGAGCAAACCACAUUCGCUUCCAACAUCGAAAGAGCACAGUCGUGAUCGCAUGUCGGUAAGCGGCAUGAGCGCAACCGAUCGAACAAAGAACCGAAUCAAAGGGCGUACGGGAGUGGUUGUUGGAACAUUGUUUCUUCAGGCAGGCAGAUGGCCGGAUGCCCUUAAAGAACUUGUCGAGGCUGCAUCUAAUGCGAGAGCCAGUAGUGACUAUGUGUGGCAUGCUAAAGCGCUAGAAUCUAUUCUUCUCUGCCUACUGAUGCUCGCCUGGGCGGGGAUGGAUUUCCAGAUACCGCCUGUAUGCUACCCCGUCUCCGACAAGUCCUCGAAGCUAUCAUACAAUACUACCUUCGAUUCCACUUCAUCCUCUGCAGGAAAUCGAAUAAUUUCUCUCCAGAACCUAUCCAACCUGCUCCCGGACCUUUCGAACAAUAUACUGAAUCUCUACAACCGCGCCGCGAAUAUCACUGAUGAACCAUUGCCGCAACUCAUCUAUUCUGAGACUGUCGUCCGUCUGGCAAGGUUAUUGGCUGCCGCACGAAUUCGCGACGGUGCCCUGGAUGAUGUGGCACUGAAGAAUAUUGUCACAAAUGAGCCUCUCGUGCCUUUACUUCGUCCGGAGCGACCUCGUGGACUGAAUAUUCUUCGAAAAUCCGAGAUUGCAAAUUUUCUUUUCCGCGCUCUGCCCCUGUCCCCUGGUUCAGAUUUGCCUCCCACGGAUGCUAUACCUAUCACAGUCGGUGUGAUAUCCGUCUUGAACAUCCUCGACCUACCACGGAAAAAGGCGUUCCUGCUACGAGAACUCCUUUCACUUAUGGUUCCCACCCUUGUACAAGCCCGCAAGAUCGGCGCCGCAGAAGUGGGAGUUCAUCCUGCUGCUGGUCUGGCGUCUUUGACCGACACGGCGUUCGACAUCAAUGCUCUUGACCUUGGGCCUGGUAACAUGGAAGAAAGUAUGCGGUCGCUCCUAGCUGUCAUAGGUGAUACAUAUGGCGUCCAGCCACUGUCCUAUUUCGAAUGGGAAAAAAGGCGAUCUUCCACUAUCAGUGCAACAGAUGCCUUGCCUGACUAUGAUUCUGUGGCCGCUGUUGUUGAACGAUCUUUUCGUCAUGCUAGUCUGGAUCGGUAUGGAGAUCUCAAACUGAAGAUAGAUGUCCUUAAGGCUGCGAUUAGUUCAUGUGAGGCACUUCCAGACUUUCACGGCGUGCUUCGUUUCACAGUUGAGCUUCUUCAGACCAUCCGAGGGGACUUGAUGCUCGCAGAAACCCGAUUCAACCCGCCUUGCCUGUCUCGAGAUGAGCAGAUUCGGCUACUGAACAAUAUCAAACGAACUGUUGGCGCGGCCAACAAAUUAGGCGCAUCCGAGCUGGAAGCAGAAUAUUGGGAUGACUUCUUAAUCCGCGGUGUUGAGCUUCUACCCCUGCCAGACCCCAGACGACCUGUUCGUCACUCUAAGACAGAUCUUGAUGCGGUGGCAGCGGACCGCGAAGAAUCGGCCAAGGAUCCGUUUCUCUACAACCCCUUUGCCAAGGCAAAUAUCAAGGCUUCCGAGAUGUUGAUGGUUGCCGGUGAAUAUGCGGCUUUCCAAGUCUCGCUCCAGAACCCUUACGAUUUCGAGCUAGAAAUCGAAAGACUCAGCCUCGAUAGUGUUGGUGUGCCUUUAGAUGCUGUGGCAGAGUGGAUAUUAGUCCCGCCUCUGUCCAUGCAGAAAAUCACUGUUUAUGGCCAAGCGCUCGAAGAAGGAGCGCUCAAUGUCACUGGCUGCAUUGUCAAGGUCAGGAACUGCAGGGAGCGCAGGUUCCCAAUCUUCAAAGCAUUAUGGAGGCCAGAAGCAGAGGUGAAAUUCAAACGCACCGGCCUAGCCGCUAAGAAACCUGCAGUUGAUCGUCCUCUGUCCUGGAGUUCAACAACUUCCAGAGACGGUAAACCAGUCCCCAAAAAGGGCCCAGAUACUUCCGCUUGUGAAGUUAAGGUCAUCGGUAAACAGCCGUCCGUAGUUAUUGAGUCGUUGUCUCUAUCCCAGUCAGCGAUCAUGGUACUGGAAGGCGAGCUAAGCUCCUUCGACAUCACCCUGCGCAAUACAUCACCAUGUCCACUCAACUUCAUCCUGUUCACGUUUCAGGACUCUACGACGAAGCAGGUGCAGUCCGCGCUUAGCAACAAAGACCUUCUGCCUGUUGAAAUCUACGAGCUGGAACUUAACCUUACUAGACCUGCGCUGCGCUGGCGCCGGCAAGGUUCGAAUCCUGAAGACUAUUCAAUCCCGGCAGGCCAAAGUGCCACUUUCACUAUUGAAAUAGUCGGAAAGCCCGGCUUGCAGGACACUACUAUACAAAUCGAUUAUUCAUACCUUGGAAAAUCCGACGGCGGCUUACCUGAUGUGUUCUAUACCCGACAGCUUUUUGUCCCUCUCACUGCUACGGUCAAUGCCAGUGUCGAGAUUGCACGGUGUGAUAUUCUUCCCCUUAGUAGUGACUUUGCUUGGUGGAAUUAUAGAGAUGGCCUCGAGGAGGGCGUGUCUGAUGAUAGCCAACAUCUCGAGUCUGAUUCAAUCUCACCCGUGCUCUCUCAUCUUGCCCAUGGCAAGUAUGGACCUGACCACUGCAUUUGUCUCCUUGAUCUCCGCAACGCUUGGCCCAGCCCGUUGUCCGUAUCCUUGCAGGUUCAUGAGCAGUCUGUCGAUUCAGAGACGGCACCGAAUCUCGACAUCCCUAGCGACUCAGAGGGCCAAUAUACUGUGCAUGGAGAACUCCAACCAGGUCAAACAUCCCGCUUCGUUCUCGUCCUCCCUCGGGUUCAUCUAGACAACCCUCACGCAUCGAUUCCUAUACUGAACACGGGCGGGAAGCGUCAAUUUGUCGUCAGUGCCAACAAACUUUCCUUCGAAGCUGAGGCCGCCUCCCGCGAAGCAUUCUGGUAUCGCGAAGAACUCCUCCGCCGGGUAUCAGGAUAUUGGAAGGAGAAAGCCCGAGGACGCGCUGGAAUAAUCGAUCUGCGUAACCUUCGCUUCAAUGCCCGGAUGGUCGACGCCUUCCGGUUGGAGGACGUCGGUGUAACCUACAGCCUGGAACCCUCGCUACCCAGUGAGUCAGACGGCGCCGCGGCCGUACGCACCGGGAACUCCAAAUACGACGUCCGUACGGACGAGCUGCUGAACCUCACCGUCGGGAUCGUCAAUCGCUCCUCCAGGCCUCUGCAUCCUCUCCUGCGGCUGCAGCCGAGUCUUCGCCACCAGCCCAGUAAUGUGGCCCUUGACCUUUCGCGUCGUCUCGCCUGGACUGGCAUGCUGCAGCAGGUGCUCCCAGUGCUCAAGGGCGGGGAAAGUACCACUGCUACUGUUGGCGUUACGGCCCUUUGCCGGGGCGAUUACGAGUUCGGCGCAACGGUGGAGGAACUCCGCCUUCUGGUUCCCGAGCCGGAGCCCGGAAGCGAGGCCCAGCCAUCAGCUGCGCAGCCGGCUUUCCAUGACGCGGAUGGAAUCAUCACCGAUACGUUUGGUGCGGACGUAGCUAAGAAACGACGGAUCUGGCAUGCUAAAGAAACCUGUGUUAUGAACGCUCAUGAUUGAUACGCCUAAGGAUGAAGAAGUAAAAACACGACGAAUAGACGGAUACAUCUUCCCCUCAAAUCCGCU